AUGGAGGUCGCGCUCGCCCCCGUUGCCGCGAGCUGGAAGCGGGACGGGGUAACGGUGUCGUCGGACAUGAUGACCGACCGUUGUGGCCGCCCGCAGGCCAACGUGCUCCUUGUCAACGACUCCGGCGCAGUUUUCGAGCAGGCGGUGGACUGCAACAUGGAGUCGAAGACCGGGGGGUACAUCGCCAGCCUUCUCCGCCCCGUCAUUGAUAAGGUGGGGCCGGAGAAUGUGGUGGCGGUCUGCACCGAUGGCGGCAGCAACUAUGCAUCGGCCGCCAAGAAGAUUGCGAGCACAUGGCCGCACAUUGAGCAUGUGCCAUGUGCCACGCAUGUCCUGGACCUGAUGAUGGAAGAUAUGGGCAAAAUGGGAUGGGCGAAGGGGCUUGUGGAGAAAGGAGGGGAGAUGAUUACCUUCGUGCGCAACCACCACUUUACCCGUGCCACCGUGGCUCGGCACAAGCAACAUCUGGCUUUAGAAUUGCGCACUGCUUCCCCAUGCCGCUCUGCUUCCCCAUGCCGCUCUGCUUUCCCAUGCCGCUCUGCUUCCCCAUGCCAUGCCUAUCAGCAGGAACGCUCUCCCCGUCCCCCCCCCUCCCCACACUACGUUGGCAGAUACGCGUCCCAGGGUAUAAUACGCUAG